GGAGUGAAAUAUAUAUAUAAAAAAAUUAACAAACUUGGAAGGCAGCAAUUAAUACUAGGGAGCUUUGAUACCUGACAUGCAACAAUAGAUAGAUAAUCCAAACCGAAAAUCAGUAAGAAAAUAUAGGAUUCAAGCUAUCCAUUAGACCAGAUGGACCUGGUUCAGUCGGAUCCUGGCAGCAGCUGCAGCGGCUCUCAUCUCUUCUGGCCUUUUUGCUAUCUCCCUUUCGCUUCUGGAAACAUAGCCUCUGGGCGUGGCCGUUUCUGACGGUGUCAUCAAAGUGUUCAGUGACAUGAAGGUACAGAAGUCUUCAACACCAGAGGAGGUGAAGAAGCGCAAGAAGGCAGUACUUUUCUGCCUGAGUGAGGACAAGAAGGACAUCAUCCUUGAGGAGGGCAAGGAGAUCCUGGUAGGUACUGUGGGCCAGAAUGUAGACAACCCCUUCGCCAUCUUUGUCAAGAUGCUACCAGACAAGGACUGCCGCUAUGCCCUCUAUGAUGCAACCUAUGAGACCAAGAAGAACAAGAAGGAGGACCUGGUGUUUAUCUUCUGGGCAUCUGAAUCUGCACCCUUUAAGAGCAAAAUGAUUUAUGCCAGCUUCAAGGAUGCCAUCAAUAAAAAAAAGCUGACCAGGAUCAAGCAUGAAUUACAAGCAAACUGCGAUGAGGAGGUCAAGGACCGCUGCACCCUGGCAGAGAAACUGGGGGUAGUGCCAUCAUCUCUCUGGAGGGCAAGCCUUUGUGAGCCCCCUCCAGCCCCCUGCCUGGAGCAUCUGGCAGCCCCAGACCUGCCCAUGGGGGUUGCAGCUGCCCCCUUCCUGCCAGACCAAAGGGACUCGGGGGAUCCCAGCAGGGGGAGGGCAAUCUCUUCACCCCAGUUGCCAAACAGCCCCCUCACCCCCUGGACCUUCCUCCUCCCUCUAUCCCUGAUGGUUCUGGCUUUCCCAAACCCCUUUUGAUCUUCUGAUUCCUCUUGGGUUGAAGCAGACUAAGUUCCCCUAGGCACCUCAGUUUGGGGAGGAGCCUGUAUUUUUUUUUUUUUAACGACACUCCAGUCCCCACCGGUUCCUCCCUUUUCCCAUGCUGCAAACUUCUUUCUUUUUUU